AUGAAUAAAAAUGAAUUUACCACAAUCGAUACUCCAUAUGCAAGUGAACAAGCUGGUCAGAAUACUGCAUCAAUAUUUACAUCAAGAAGAAAUUUUAUGGAAUGGUUUCGGUCAUAUUUUGAUAGAUCACUGUUAAUAUUUCAAUUGUUUUACUUCGCUUACUAUGCUGCAUUCGGUUCUUUAUUUCCAUUGAUAUCAAUAUACUUUAAACAACUUGGAUUGAAUGCUUUCCAGUGUGGUAUUUUAAGUGGGACACGUGCAUUAGCUGAAUGUUUUGCUGUACCAUUUUGGAUUGCGUUAGCUGACAAAUGGAAAAAGGGUAAAAUGUUUGUCUUGGUCAGUUUGAUCUUUGCAAUGGCCUUCACAUUAGGCUUGGGAUUUGUUCGUCCAACACCAGAAGGUUGUCUAGUUAGUUUACCAAGAUCAUCGAGACAAUACAAUACUACAUCAAAUGGUGAUGACGAUGGUCUCAUUCUGAGCAUCAUUCAACCCUAUAAAGCAUCAAGAUAUGACGACAUCAAAUCCGUUGAUAUGGAUAGAGAUUUAGCCUUGAAAAUUAGGAAUCAAUUAGGACAAUCUCCACUUUAUUUGGAUACUAAACUGUUGGUGUCCCCACCGAAAAUGAAAGCUACACGUUGGGGUAUAGGUGUCGGUCAACAAACUGGUGAUCAAAACCUGUAUGCAAGAACACAAGCUUAUCAUGAUCCGACACAAUAUCCACCUGGUAGCCUUGUCAUGCCUCUCUAUUCAACUGUUGUUUACAGUCAAACGAAAAUUAAUCAAAUAUUCAUUGUCAUUUUAUUGCUAUUAUUAUUUGGAGAGAUUAUGUCAUGCGCUGCUAUACCAAUAGUAGAUGCAGCUGUAGUACAACAAGGUGCGACCGAAGUUUGUCACAGUUAUGAAAGACAACGUAUAUUUGGUUCUAUCGGUUGGGCAUUGUCAAUGUUCUUCAUUGGCUUGACACUGGACCACUCAACAAGUUUUCCAGACUAUCCAUGCUUACAUCCUGGUUAUCGUGAAAAAAACUACAUGGUUUGCUUUGCCACAUAUUCUGUAUUUAUUGCAUGCGCACUAUUUAUCGCUACACAAUUCACAUUUCAAUAUGAAGGUGAUUCAGAGAGUAUGUACUUUAAACUAGUCAAAGAUAAAAUGGCUAAGACAUUUUUGGGAAGAACAACUAAAAAUCGUUCAAAAUUAGUCAAUGAAGACGAUGAUGAUGCAGAUGCGGUUGCUGGCACUGGUAGCAGUAAAGAUUGGAAACCUAAUGAUAUAUCAGAUGAAUUUGAAAAAGGCACAGUUGUUAGUGGAACAAAAUCAAAGCAAAGUAAUGAAGAGAUCUUAGAACAACAACUUGGCAUAAAAUUUGAUCGUAAAAACGGUGGAAAUGUGUUAAGAAGUCAGACUACAAUAGAUGGACAACAAGAAGAGUUAGCAGCUGCAGCUCAGUUAAAGGUAACAAGAUGGUUCCAUGCAUUAAAACAGUUUCGUCAACCUCGACUUCUCCUAUUCCUAUUCGUUAUCUGGUUUAUGGAAUUGAAUGGAUCACCUACACUGUUUGGAAUAGCAUCAGUCAUAAAUCAUGCAUCAGAAAUAAUUAUGUAUCAAUUCAGCAAACAAAUAAUUGAUAAAGUUGGUCACUUGAAAGUGCUAUAUUUGGGACUAGUUGGCAAUGUGGCGAGAUUUCUUUAUGUGUCCUGGAUCACAAAUCCCUGGUGGAUUCUUCCAUUCGAAUUUAUACAAGGUCUUACUCACGCGGGUGUAUGGGUUGCAUGCUGUUCCUAUAUUAUGCAAGCGUUUCAACCAGAAUUUCGUCCAUCAACACUUGGGUUUUUACGUGCAAUCCAUUAUGGUAUGGGACGUGGCUUAGGUGCUAUAUUCGGUGGACUUGUCGUAUCGAGUUAUGGAACUCCAACAAUGUUUAGAGCUUAUGGAGCAUCAUCAGCUUUAGUACUUUUGGCGUUCUUAUUGUUGAACUACUUUAUGCCGAUUCCAGCAGUAAAUGAGGCAUCAACUGAAGAUGAUAAGAUGUAUGGUCAAAUUUCAUCUGAAGGACAGAAAUCAAACGCAACACCAUUUGGCAAUGCAUUUCAAACAAAUGAAGUAACUCAUGAAUAUUACCUACAGAAGGAGCAAAACCAAAAAACGACUUAUCAAUUCCAACAACAACCAUUACAAUCACAACAACAAAUGUCUUACUCACCAGCUGGUAGUCAACAAUACGGACAACAGAAAGAUACCUAUAGACAAGGUUACUAA